GGGCUGAGCGGCUCAGGGAGUGAGGAGCGACCAUGGCCACCUCAGAGCUAAGCUGCCGGGUGGCAGAGGAAGACUGCGAGCGCAGGGAGGCGUUCUGGGCAGAGUGGAAGGACCUGACGCUGUCUACACGGCCCGAGGAGGGCUGCUCGCUGCACGAAGAGGACACCCAGCGGCAUGAGACCUACCACCGGCAGGGGCAGUGCCAGGCUCUGGUGCAACGGUCCCCGUGGCUGCUCAUGCGGAUGGGCAUCCUGGGCCGCGGGCUGCAGGAGUACCAGCUGCCCUACCAGCGGGUGCUGCCACUGCCCAUCUUCACCCCCACAAAGGUGGGCGCCACCAAGGACGAGCGUGAAGACACUCCUGUCCAGCUGCGGGACCUGCUGGCACUGGAGGCGGCCUUGGGUGGCCAGUGCCUAGAGCGCCAGGAGGUGGCCGAGAUCACCAAGCAGCUGCCCCCUGUGGUGCCCGUCAGCAAGCCUGGAGCCCUGCGUCGCACACUGUCCCGGUCCAUGUCCCAGGAGGCCCAGAGGGGCUGAGCAGCGCUGGGAUUUGGGCUCUGCUCUGCCCUCCUCCGGCUGGGCUCUCCCUGCCUAGGAGCACGGAGGGGAGUUGCCAGCUGAGGAUGCUUUUUAGUCUGCCCGGAGUCGGGAGCUAGGGGAGGAGGGAGCCAGAGGCCAGGGUGCCUGGGUACCCCGAGCUCCCAAAGGCAUAGGAGCAGAGAUGGUGGAUGUUAAAAGUAGAAAGCUGGGGGCCAGCACAGCUGAGUCCUGUCAGCCCCAAGAGAAGGGACAGAGGACGCUGGAGAGGGCAGAAGGGCCCUAAAGAGUGGCCUGGGCCAGGUGUUGGCUCCAGGAGACUGCAAGUGCAAAGGGAAUGGGCUGGAAGGCAUUGGAGACCGGAGGGGGAUGUGAAAGAGGGCGGAGGUGGGGAGAAGCCCCCGGCACCCUCUGUUAGCGCAGCAAUAAAUGCUCACCAUGUUCCAGG